AUGCAAGUGUGUACGCAAGACAGGAAGACGGAUCGCGUGCCGGAAGCAGACGGUCAGGAGCAGAGCCGUGCUUUCGACAGGGGCUCAGCGCUCCUGAGUGAAGACCGAAAUGCCGGUCAACAGAGCGCCAUUCACUUCGUGAUGAUGCCUUUGUCUUGCUUGACUUGUUCUGCACCUCACAGAUGGACAAUGACAGAGCGCAAUGUCGGAACGAGGUCUGUGCGUGUCAAUCGAGAUGGCGACAGAGCAGGCCAGAUGGAGCGCGAUGAUGGCCUUUGGCAGCCUGCCUGUCGACUGAUGCUAUGGCUGAUCUGCAAGUGA